AUGGCUGAUUCCAAGAAUAUUAAACGGCGUUUAAGCACCGGGGGUUCUGUGAGCCCACCUCCUCUAAAGCGAAAGGUGCAAUCGUCAACAACUAAAGGGGCUCUUGCCCAAUUCUUUACCCCCGCAUCCAAAAAGGAGCCCGAGAAGGCUUCCUGGACAAAACUACGCGAUAGCCUUCUCAUUGGCCGAUAUGCACCAGAGACAGAAGAUAAGACGAAUAAUCCAAAUAAACGCCCUUCUCGAAUUGCAGGAUUUGACUUGGACUGGACCUUAAUCAAGUCCAAGUCAGGAAAUAGGCAUCCAAGGGACGGAAAGGACUGGAGGUGGUGGCAUCCAAAUGUCCCAGGGUGUCUAAAAGACCUUCAUGCUCAGGGAUUCCGCAUUGUCAUCUUCAGCAACCAAGGUGGAAUCACUUUGAAGAGCAAAGCCAAAACUCCGAAGAGCGACCGAAAACGGUUGAACGACUUCAAGGAAAGGGGCUGUUCCAUCUUCAACCAGUUACAAAUUCCCCUUGUGCUUUAUGCAGCUACUGAAAAAGAUCAUUUUCGUAAACCCAGAGCUGGCAUGUGGGAUGAAAUGUUAGAGGAAUUUGACCUCAGGUUUUCCGGGUCAAUCAAUUUCAAUGAAUCUUUCUUUGUGGGGGAUGCAGGUGGAAGAGCUGCGGCAAAAGCGACUGUGAAAGAUCAUUCAUGUUCAGACAGAGAUUUCGCUGCCAAUGUGGGAGUCAAAUUUUAUACUCCGGAAGAGUUCUUUCUCAAAGAGAAACCAAGACCGUUUACCCGGGAAUUCGAUCCUGUGACAUUUCUUUCAAUCGAGGGAUCACGCGCUCUAGAAGUAUUCUCUAGAAAGAGCCCACUGGAAAUUGUCUUAUUUUGCGGAAGCCCUGGAGCUGGGAAAUCGACUUUUUUCUGGCGCCAGCUUGGACCUUUGGGAUAUGUACGAGUGAAUCAAGAUAUUCUGAAAACACGCGAAAAAUGCCUCCAACGAGCAGCACAGUUGCUCGGCGAGAAGCAGUCGGUCGUAAUAGACAAUACCAACGCGGAUGUGGAGACUCGAGCUCACUGGAUAAAGCUAGCAAAAGCAAAGAAUGUACCCAUUCGAUGCGUUUAUUUUACUGCAUCAGCGAGGUUGUGCGAGCACAAUGACAUUGUGAGAUCUCUAAACGGGGAAUUGAUGAAUCCGGAAAAGCGAACACUGUUGCCCAAGGUUGCAUUCACUGGUUUUACUUCCAGAUUCCGGGAACCUACCCUCGAGGAAGGGUUCGAGGAUAUCAUAAAAGUGGACUUUCAGUUUGAGGGUAAUGAGCAGCAGCGGGCUAUCUGGGCCAGAUACUGGGUUUAG